GCGGUGCGGCCGCAGAGGCUGGAGCGAGGUGGCGGGAUGCAGCGCCCCGGGCCCUUCAGCACCCUCUACGGGCGGGUCCUGGCCCCACUGCCCGGGCGGGCCGGGGGCGCGGCCUCGGGCGGGGGCGGGAACAACUGGGGCUUCUCGGGUUCCCACGUGCAACUGCCGGGGCGUGCACAGUCGGAAACCCGCGGCAACAAGGGAGGCUCGAGCGCGGGCGGCCCAGCCCCCUCCACGAUGUCCAAGGCCGAGGAGGCUAAGAAACUGGCGAGCCACACGGCGGUGGAGAACCACGUGAAGAAUAACCAAGUGCUGGGAAUUGGAAGUGGUUCUACAAUUGUCCAUGCUGUGCAGCGAAUAGCUGAGAGAGUGAAGCAAGAGAAUCUGGACCUCAUCUGCAUCCCCACGUCCUUCCAGGCCAGGCAGCUUAUUUUGCAGUAUGGCUUAACCCUCAGUGACCUGGAUCAACACCCAGAGAUUGACCUUGCCAUCGAUGGUGCUGAUGAAGUGGAUGCUGAGCUCAAUCUCAUCAAGGGUGGUGGAGGCUGCCUGACCCAGGAGAAGAUUGUGGCUGGUUAUGCCAGCCGCUUCAUUGUGAUCGCUGAUUUCAGGAAAGAUUCAAAGAACCUUGGAGAUCGGUGGCACAAGGGGAUCCCUAUUGAGGUCAUCCCAAUGGCCUAUGUCCCAGUGAGCCGAGCUGUGACUCAGAAGUUUGGGGGCGAGGUGGAACUUCGAAUGGCUGUCAAUAAGGCAGGGCCUGUGGUGACAGAUAAUGGGAAUUUUAUCCUGGACUGGAAGUUUGACCGGGUACACAAAUGGAGUGAAGUGAACACAGCUAUCAAAAUGACUCCAGGUGUGGUGGACACCGGCCUGUUCAUCAACAUGGCAGAGAGAGUCUACUUUGGGAUGCAGGACGGCUCAGUGAAUGUGAGGGAGAAGCCCUUCUGACCCUGCGAGGAGCGGGAUGCUCACCUUGACUCUCCAGCCCAGGCACUGUGGACCUGCCUCUCCAGGAGCCUUUGCCUUAAUGUACCUUUAUGUAGCUGUUCCCCGUGCCAGAGUGGACAGCUGGCCCGUGGGUGGGUAGGGGGCGGUGAUCAAAUCCAGUCUUAUGAAGUAUUGCUAUAUGACUUUUUAAAAAAAGAAAUCUAAAUAUAUAUUUUUACUAUUAAAAUAUUCAGCUUUUUUAUAAAAAUAGAACUUGAUUUUAUGUUUUAUAUGAAACAUUUACCAAAAACAAAAAAAAAAUGUGUAAAUAAAAACAGGAGAUCAGGACUGUCUCUGAAUGCUUUGACUCAGCCUGUUGGUUAAGCUUCUGAGGUUUUGGAUUUGCUGAGAAAAACCAGCCUGGCAUUUCCUUAAGCCAGCCGGCAGCAUCUCCUGACGCCUUAUGGAAGGAAGCCUUGUUUACUUUCUUGCCAUACUUUGUUCUGUUUUGAGACUGUUUUUAUUGUACCACUCCCAAAUCCUAGCUGCAUUUUAAGAUCAGGCUGCGGAAAUCUGAGUGAAACAGUGGGCUUUGGAGUGACUUGGGGUACACUCCCACGUGAGAACGCACCUUCUGGGACGCUGCUGGCUCUGCCUGGGUCCUGCAGUUGGAAGCAUGAGGGAAGCUUUCGCCUGCUGGCAGUGCACAGUACGGCGUGACAUGUGAAGCACUUCUUUUUGUUGUUGAUGAUUUUCUUUAUGUUAAUGUUUUGUUCUCUAAUAACACGUGUAUGAUUUGGCAUCAGAAGCCAUCACCUCUUUGUGCUGUUUGAAGGCUGAAAUAAACAUUGUUGUGCCAUUUUGA